CGUAAGGACGUGGCUGUGGCUACAGACCCUGUGGAGCACCCAGGUAGAUCAGAGAAGGUAGCAGGCCAGUUUGUGACCUCAGAGGGUCUGCUGGUGACCCUCAGGAGGAUGGAGGCCAUGGUCAACAGUGCCCUGGAGGCAGCUGAGCUGGUUAGGGAGAGUCAGCGAAGGGUCAGCCAGGUCAAGGAGAGGAUGGAGAGCAUCACUCAGAAGAUGGAGGAAGCUCUGACCAGAGCAGCGGACACAGAGGGUCAGCUCAGUUCCCUGGAGGCCAGGGUCACAGCCAAACCUCAGUUGCCAGGUCCUGUAGGGCAUACAGCCCAGCCUGAUUUUGAAGCUGUAGGCAGAGACAGAUCUAGGAACCCCUCUCCUCCAGGUCCUGUAGGGAAGACAGCCCAGCCUGAUGUUGAAGCUAUAGGCAGAGACAGAUCCAGGAACCCCUCUCCACCAGAGCCUGUGACCGAACGCUACAGCAAGUCUCGAUGGCCCCUUAUAAGCGGUGCCAUUUAUUCACGAACUGGAGGAGGCAGCAACAGUGGCAGCAAGAGCUGUGAUGAUUCAGAGCCACCCUGCACUGAGGACAACAAGCCAAGCCAAGUCCAAUGUACUGACUUUGUCCCAGACCAAAAGCACAACAGUACCAGCAGUGAUGGUCCUGCACCUGCAGUUUUAGGUUUCAUCCCAGUGUCAGAGACACAAACUCCCCCAGUGUCCCCAUCACAAGUCUUCCUCCAGGACGAGUGUGCACCUCCUCUUGCCGUCCCACCGGAAACACCCCCUCAGUCUGCCUGUGUCAGUCACGCUGCCGCUCGCACUGAGGAGAAUGUAGCAGGUCUCAGAUUGGAGGAUCCCAGUUGCCGUGACCACUGUCAGUCAGAGGCCUGCGACUGUGGGAGUGGCCAAGCAUUGCCGCCUGGAGACUGUGGGAGAAGUCAGACAUCAAACCCAGGAGACAGUGCUGGUAGUAAAGCCUCUGAACCAGAAGAUCGUGGGAGGAGCAACGCAUUACAACCAACAGAUAUUGGGUGUGAUCUUGAGCAUUGUGGGAGUUUCCAUUCUCGAGAUCUACCGACUGUUUUAAUAACAGGCUCAGAUAAGGAAGGAGGGGGCCACGAGUUGUACUGCUUUCCCUGGGUUCAGACUGAACAGCAGUUAGAGGAAUCCCCUACCCAACCCACUCCAGCUGAGAGCCCCUUUUUCUUCCCCCUGACACGACCCCGAGCCCCACAGCCCCCCGUUAUGCCCGUCCUCCCUGAAGAAGAGGAGGAUUCCCCUGAGGAGCUCGACAGUUCCUCCAGCUCACCCAGCACAUAUACACCAGUUGAAAGUAGAGCAGUUACCGUGGAGAUGCCUGCUCCCACCAUUGUCUUCCCAAAGCAAGCGACCGUGACCGUGGUCCAAGCAGACGGUCGCCCUCUGGAACAGACCAGACCACACAGUCCCAGACCUCGCUUGUCCCGAAACGCCCUGGGAGGACCAAUCACUACAGUCGACAGUACAGGCAAUGUGAUAGACCUGGUGAAAGACCAUCUGCCUGAGCUGCAGCUCUCAGAGGAGGACCGUCAGAAGAACCUGGUGCUGCUGCAGGAGGCCAAGAAAGUCAGCGACCGCUUCCUGAGCCGCAGGGGCCGAAAGUCCACCUGCAGCCUCUCUGAAUCCCCCACAGGUCUUUCUCCUAACCACACACCAUCCUCCUCACCUGUACCGUCCAGAAGCAGCUCUCUAAUCACAGCCCCUCAAAUAGCUGUCGCCACAGAGGUGAACUAUGCCCCUUUGUCGCCUGUCAGCCUGCGAUUGGAGGUUCUGUCUGCGAGGGAGCAGGCUGACACCAGUACACCAGAGCAUGAGAGCACCAGGAGGUUGGUGGACUGGAAGCCCAAUGAGAAGCGUAAGGUGUCCUCAGGCACCCUGGCUCCCCGCUACUCUGUUCCCCCACCCCCCAGGGAGCCCAGUGGGGGCCAGAAGGAGAACUUUGACCCCCGGGUAAAGCUAAGAAUUGCCCAGCACCAGCUAGUCAAUAAGCCAGAAGAGGGUCUGGCCCGAGCCCCCAACCAGGCCCCUGCCACUGGGGUGGCCAAGCCUGUCCCUCGGCCCCCCACUCAGCAGGCCCCCUGCACGGCAGAGAUCAAGACCAUCGGGGCCUUUCCUCCCCUAAUGAGAGCUGUGUCCUGGGACACUGUUGGAACUCUCAACGCCAGAAAUGGGGCGCCAAGUCUCCCCUCUACAAACGAGGAAACCUUCUCCUUUCAAGACAAGACCCGGGAUGCCCUGCUCAAGUCCUCUGGGUACAAGGACUUCCCUGUACAGCCUGUCAAUGUGCAGAAGCUGUCCAAAAUAAGAGAGGAGCACAAGCUGAUGCGGAACCAAAGCAUUGUGGGGUCAAAGUUGGCAGACUUGAGUGAAACAGCUGAACAGGAAAGAGGUCCCUCUCUUCUGCCCCCUGCAGGGUCUCCUACUGAUGAGGAGGCUAAAGAGAAGUCAGACGCCAUGCCCAACAUCUCAGACAUCAUGCUGAGGAAACUCAAACUGCACAGAGGGCUACCAGGCUGUGCACCUCCACUCACCGAAAAAGAAGUUGAGAACGCGUUUGUUCAACUGUCGCUGGCGUUCCGGAACGACAACUACACUCUGGAGACACGGCUCAAACAGGCGGAGCGGGAGCGGACCCUGACCGAGGAGAACACGGAGAAGGAACUGGAAGAAUUCAAAGGCUCUCUGAAGUGCACGGCACCACAGUGGAGUAACAUGGAGCAGCGCGAGUCCUACCAGUGCCUCAUAGAGACAGUAGCAGUACUGCACCGUCUAGCCACCAGGCUCUCCAGCAGAGCUGAGAUGGUUGGAGCAGUCAGACAGGAGAAACGUAUGAACAAGGCCACAGAGGUGAUGAUGCAGUACGUGGAGAAUCUGAAGAGGACCUAUGAGAAGGACCACGCUGAGCUGAUGGAGUUCAAGAAGCUGGCCAACCAGAACUCCAGUCGCUGCUAUGGAGGAUCCAUAGACACUGGAGAUGAUGGAGUCCCACGGCCAUCCAGGUCUAUGUCCCUGACCCUGGGAAAGGCUUUGCCCAGGCGGAGGGUCAGUGUUGCGGUAGUCCCCAAAUUUAACCUCCUGAACAUCCCUGGUCAGACCCCGGUCAUGGCAGGACCCGGCCCCAGCGUUGCCAUGGGACCCAGCCCCCAACCCACCAUGGGCCAAACACUUCCUGUCCUGUGUGAAGCCAACAGUAUGACGAGCAACUUUCCCACCGAACCUACACAUCCAGCUAUAGCUGAGAGUGGAAAGAGUGUGGCAGAGCAGGAAGCUGAGCCAUCUGCCCCAGCCCAGCCCUCCGUCAACCUAGAGGAGAUCAGAUCAGAGAUCAGAUCAGAGAUCAAGGCAAAGAUCGAGGAGGAGGCCUACAAUAAAGGCUACCAAGAGGGACUGAAGAGAAGUAAAGAAGUCAAAGAGGUGGAGGAGGAGGAGGAAGAGGAGGAGGAGAAGGUAGAGGAAAAUCCAGAAAAGAAGGAUGAAAGAAAAGAAGUCAGCAGAAAAGAAAAGUUCAACAGUAAGGUUGAAGAGGUCCUAGUUGUCCUUGACCGGCUUUGCCCCAAGAUUUUCCGGCGUAACCGACUUCUCUGGAUUGUUUUGACGUUGUUCCUGGUCACGUUUCUGGUCGUCAGUGUUUUCACAUACUUUAGUGAUCGCUAUAACAACCAUGGGGACAUGUCGGCAGAAAAAGCCAUGGUCCAGGACAAGAAGAAGAUCUUUGGACUGAAUGUAGGAGUACAGCCAAAGAAUCCCACUCCAGAAUAACAAAGAGCCUGUCUCAUACUUCUCUCAGUCCAAAGACUCUUUUUUUCCCCAUGAUACAUCAAGAGCUGAACUUGAAUAUAGGGUUUUGAAGAUCUAGGGUCUGGGGGGGGAUGUAUCUUUGGGAGCAUUUAUUUAGUUUUUUAUUGGUUUCAGAGGAUAAGUCUUCUAAUGAUCAUAAACUUUAUCAAGGCAUAUUUAUGUUGUGUUAGGAAAGCUGCCUGACUGUUUCUGAUGUUGAUAUAUGAUUGUUGCUUAGGGGGCCAAGUAUAAUAGUGUGAUGAAAUAUGUUCUUAUCUACAGUGAGAUCCAGGAUUUUGUAUUUGAAAUGAUACAAUGACUAUUAUGUGAAAAUGCAGACUGUCAGCUUUAAUAUGAUGGCCUUUCCAUCCGUAUCAGGUGAACUGUAGCAUUUUGGAGGGGAACAAAUCAUUAUUCCCGACUCAUUCAUAAUUAUCAUGGUAGCAUCCAAUUGAAUUUCAAUAGGGUUUAGAAACAUGUUCUAUUCUUAUUUACAAUAAAUGUGACUCCAAUACACAAUAUAUUAUUUACCAUUAAUUUCUCUUUGGCACAAAAUAAUCUGACACACAAACUGCAAAUGCAUUCAACAAGUUUGUAUUCACAAGCUUGAUGUAAUCAUUGUGUGCUAUGAAUAUGGGACCAAAUACGACACAUAUACUUAUGAAUAUGGGACCAAAUACUACACAUAUACUACACGUAUGAAUAUGGGACCAAAUACCCUCAAACUAAAGCUGACAGUUUGCACUUUAUAGUCUUUAUCAUUUCAAAUCCAAAGUGCUGAAGUACAGAGCCCCCAAAAAUAUAUAUUUGUCAUUGUCCAAAUACUUUUGGACCUCACUGUAUAUAUUCACAAUGUAUUGUUCUUAUUCCUUGUCCUACUCUGAAUGUCAUCCUGUAGGACUGAAUGUGGCCCCUUGGGUGAAAAUGGAUGAUUCAUGAUGAGUUCCCUAAGACAAAUGUCACAGUAAACAUUAGACUAACGUACAUUAAUCUACCACUCUGUUACUUUUAUGUUCAUUCUCUCAGGUCCAGUAAACGGACAUCCCCUGAAGAGAUUUACAGAGAUAUUUAAAGAGAUAUGUUUUCUAAAUUCAACUUUUUUUUGUGUAAUAUAUCUAUAUUUGUGGAAUUUAAGCAGAUACUUUUUGGGAAAAUCUAUAAUACAAGCACAUUCCAAAGUAGUUCCUCAAGUGCAAUAUUUAGCAGCUGAUGGUUCUUGUUUGUAUGUGUUGUUCCUGUGUUGGUUUGCGUCCUCCGAGCACUGAAAGAUUUCCUUCAUGUACGAGUGCACUUUUAGACAGCAUGAGAAAUGUUUUAUCUUCUUCGCACUUGUGUGCCAGGAUUUUCUGUUGUGUCAACUUCGCCUUGAAAUAAAGGUGCCUUAACUCCCAGCA